AUGGCAUCUUAUUUUCCCGACCCCCGACGAAUCGUCACAGGUCACGACGACCAGGGCAAUGCCAUUGUCUUGAAGGACAGCCAAGUACCAUGUGUCCCUAUAAGUCCUGAUGCAAAUUUCGCCGUUCUAUGGGAAACCCGUGAGUUUCCUGCGAAUAUCAGUGGCAACGAGGAUCCCAUCGAGACGAGAACCACGAAUCUAGCCAAUGAGAAAGGUGUUGUACUGAGGAUAGUGGAUAUCCCUCCCAAUACUGUGACUUUAUUUCAUCGCACAGUGUCCCUGGACUUCGGCAUUUUGUUCGAGGGAGAACUUGAGUGUCGACUUGAUAACGAUGUUGUGAUUCAUAUGAAGCCUGGAGAUGUAUGUGUCCAGCGAGGUACGAUCCAUGGGUGGACAAAUCCGGGUUCCAAGCCAGCGAGAAUAUACUUUGUCUUGAUCGGUAAGAUGGCACCCACAGAAGAAUUGCGCAAGCCUGCUGACGGUGCUGAAGCUGCUGAGCCUCUCAAAAUCGGUGAAAAGGUUCUCGAAGAAACUGGCUUUAAGAGGGAGGAGAUGGCUUCAGGGGGACAGUAG